GGGGCGGGGCGCAGCUCCGACUUCGGACAUGGCGCACGCUGGUGGUGGCAGCGGUGGCGGCGGCCCCGCGGGCCGGGGGCUGAGCGGCGCCCGCUGGGGUCGCUCGGGCUCCGCGGGCCACGAGAAGCUGCCGGUGCACGUAGAAGACGCCCUCACCUAUCUGGACCAGGUGAAGAUCCGCUUUGGCAGCGACCCUGCCACCUACAACGGCUUCCUGGAGAUCAUGAAGGAGUUCAAAAGCCAGAGCAUCGAUACUCCUGGAGUCAUCAGACGUGUCUCGCAGCUCUUCCACGAGCACCCUGACCUCAUUGUUGGAUUCAACGCUUUUCUUCCCCUCGGAUAUAGAAUAGACAUUCCCAAGAAUGGCAAGUUAAACAUACAGUCGCCUCUGACAAGCCAGGAGAAUUCGCACAACCACGGGGACGGUGCGGAGGACUUCAAGCAGCAGGUGCCAUAUAAAGAGGACAAACCCCAGGUGCCCCUGGAGUCCGAUUCCGUGGAAUUCAACAACGCCAUCAGCUACGUGAAUAAGAUUAAGACCCGCUUCCUAGACCACCCAGAAAUCUACAGGUCGUUCCUGGAGAUCCUGCACACAUACCAGAAGGAGCAGCUGAACACGAGGGGCCGGCCAUUCCGAGGCAUGUCCGAAGAGGAGGUGUUCACCGAGGUGGCCAACCUCUUCCGGGGCCAGGAGGACCUGCUCUCGGAGUUUGGACAGUUUCUGCCUGAAGCCAAGCGGUCUCUGUUCACAGGAAACGGGCCGUGCGAGAUGCACAGCGUGCAGAAGAAUGAGCACGACAAGACCCCGGAGCACAGCAGGAAGCGCUCCCGGCCCUCGCUCCUCCGCCCCGUGUCUGCACCCGCCAAGAAAAAAAUGAAACUUCGUGGUACCAAAGACCUGUCCAUCGCUGCGGUGGGGAAGUACGGGACUCUGCAGGAAUUUUCUUUCUUUGACAAGGUCCGCCGGGUGCUGAAGAGCCAGGAGGUGUAUGAAAACUUCCUUCGCUGCAUUGCACUCUUCAACCAGGAGCUGGUGUCUGGCUCUGAGCUCCUGCAGCUCGUCAGCCCAUUUCUGGGGAAAUUUCCAGAACUCUUUGCACAGUUCAAGUCCUUCCUGGGGGUAAAAGAGCUGUCCUUCGCGCCACCCAUGAGCGACAGGUCCGGGGACGGGAUAAGCCGGGAAAUCGACUAUGCGUCUUGCAAGCGCAUAGGAUCCAGCUACCGGGCACUCCCCAAAACCUACCAGCAGCCCAAGUGCAGCGGGAGGACGGCCAUCUGCAAGGAGCUUGACCAUUGGACACUUCUCCAGGUUUCGUGGACAGACAAUUACUGCAUGUUCAAGUUCAAGAAUACCUGCUGGAUUCCAGGAUAUAGUGCAGGGGUACUGAACGACACCUGGGUCUCCUUCCCCUCCUGGUCUGAGGACUCCACCUUCGUCAGCUCCAAGAAGACACCGUAUGAGGAGCAGCUUCACCGCUGUGAGGACGAGCGCUUCGAGUUAGACGUUGUCCUGGAGACGAACCUGGCCACAAUCCGCGUGUUGGAAAGCGUGCAGAAGAAGCUGUCUCGGAUGGCGCCGGAAGACCAGGAGAAGUUCCGGCUGGAUGACUCCCUGGGAGGCACGUCGGAGGUGAUCCAGCGCCGUGCCAUCUAUCGCAUCUAUGGCGACAAGGCCCCAGAGAUCAUCGAGAGCCUCAAGAAGAACCCUGUCACUGCUGUCCCCGUUGUCCUGAAAAGGCUGAAGGCCAAGGAAGAGGAGUGGCGGGAGGCCCAGCAGGGCUUCAACAAGAUCUGGCGGGAGCAGUAUGAGAAGGCGUACCUCAAGUCCCUUGACCACCAGGCUGUGAACUUCAAGCAGAACGACACCAAGGCCCUGCGCUCCAAGAGCUUGCUCAACGAGAUCGAGAGUGUCUACGACGAGCACCAGGAGCAGCACUCGGAGGGCCGCAGUGCCCCCUCUAGCGAGCCGCACCUCAUCUUUGUGUACGAGGACCGGCAGAUCCUGGAGGAUGCAGCAGCGCUCAUCAGCUACUACGUGAAGCGGCAGCCGGCCAUCCAGAAGGAGGACCAGGGCACCAUCCACCAGCUGUUGCACCAGUUCGUGCCCAGCCUCUUCUUCUCUCAGCAACUGGACCUGGGCGCCUCCGAGGAGUCAGCCGACGAGGACCGGGACAGCCCCCAGGGGCAGAGCGCAGACCCCAGUGAGCGGAAGAAGCCGGCACCAGGACCCCACAGUAGCCCCCCAGAGGAGAAGGGGGCCUUCGGGGAUGCCCCAGCCACUGAGCAACCACCCCCGCCACCCCCACCCCCACACAAGCCCCUGGACGAUGUCUAUAGCCUCUUCUUUGCCAACAACAACUGGUACUUCUUCCUGCGCCUGCACCAGACCCUGUGCUCCAGGCUGCUGAAGAUCUACCGCCAGGCGCAGAAGCAGCUCCUGGAGUAUCGGACCGAGAAAGAGCGGGAGAAGCUGCUGUGUGAGGGCCGCAGGGAGAAGGGCAGCGACCCGGCCAUGGAACUGCGGCUGAAGCAGCCCAGUGAAGUGGAGCUGGAGGAGUACUACCCGGCCUUCCUGGACAUGGUGCGGAGCCUGCUGGAGGGCAGCAUCGACCCCACGCAGUACGAGGACACCCUACGCGAGAUGUUCACCAUCCAUGCCUACGUGGGCUUCACCAUGGACAAGCUGGUGCAGAACAUUGCACGGCAGCUGCACCACCUUGUGAGCGAUGACGUCUGCCUGAAGGUGGUGGAACUCUACCUGAACGAGAAGAAGCGAGGCGCCGCCGGUGGGAACCUGUCCUCCCGCUGCGUCCGUGCUGCCAGGGAGACCAGCUACCAGUGGAAGGCCGAGCGCUGCAUGGCCGACGAGAACUGCUUCAAGGUGAUGUUCCUGCAGCGCAAAGGGCAGGUGAUCAUGACCAUCGAGCUCCUGGACACCGAGGAGGCCCAGACGGAGGACCCUGUGGAGGUCCAGCACCUGGCUCGGUACGUGGAGCAGUAUGUGGGGACCGAGGGCGCGUCCAGCUCGCCCACCGAGGGCUUCCUCCUGAAACCUGUGUUCCUGCAGAGGAACCUCAAGAAGUUCCGCCGCCGGUGGCAGAGCGAGCAGGCGCGGGCCCUGCGCGGUGAGGCCAGGAGCUCCUGGAAACGGCUGGUGGGUGUGGAGAGCGCCUGCGACGUGGACUGCCGCUUCAAGCUCAGCACUCACAAGAUGGUGUUCAUCGUGAACUCCGAGGACUACAUGUACCGUCGUGGGACCCUCUGCCGGGCCAAGCAGGUGCAGCCCCUGGUCCUGCUCCGCCACCACCAGCACUUUGAGGAGUGGCACAGCCGUUGGCUGGAGGACAAUGUGACGGUGGAGGCGGCCAGCCUGGUGCAGGACUGGCUGAUGGGUGAGGAGGAUGAGGACAUGGUACCCUGCAAGACGCUGUGUGAGACGGUGCACGUGCACGGCCUGCCCGUGACCCGCUACCGUGUGCAGUACAGCCGCCGCCCGGCCUCGCCCUGACCCGCCCUCAUGGGCACCGGGCAGGCGCCUCACAGAGCACAGACGUGCCCUCGGCCUUGGUCGUGUCGGGGCCGUUUUCUUGAACGACCUGAGAGGCAUCUCCCAGCCCCUCUGCUGCCGGACAGCGCACUCCAGGGCAGGACGCCGCCCCCGUGGCUCCCGGUCUCCUGUGGGCCUGCUGUGUGCCAAACCUGAGCUACCUGCACCCGAGCCCUGGGGCUCAGCCCCACCACAGGGGCGGGUGGACGUGCUGGCCGAGGAACAAGCAAUCAUGUUUGCGUCCCCGUCCGUCACAUGUGCCAAAUCCCUGGCAGGCAGAUGGCUCCUGCCCCAUAUUCUUACCGUGUCUUGGAAAAGUCACAGGUAGACAGCCCUCCUGAGGCCCACACGUUGGAGGGGGUCCAUGUCCAGGAGACCCUGACAAGGAAGGAGUUGAGCCCUGGGUAGGCUUGCUUGAAAAGUGAGUCCUUCCAGAAUAUUCUCAGAGCUGCCAGAAACGUCACCUGAGGGUUUGGGCAUCAGCUCUGCCUGGCUGGUGUUCAGGCCCCUCAGUCACUUCGGAAGUGAGAAGAACCCUUCAGCCAAACCUUUGGGAUCCCACUUUGAAGUCAAGACCUGGAGCAGGCGGGCAGUGCCCCGGGAGACCCCGCUCUGGAUAAAAGACACCCAACCCCAACUCCAGCAGCUGAACUCUGGGGCCACAAGGGGAGGGACCCCAGCCAGUGUUCCCUCAGAGCUGGCACGACCCUGCUGUGGGGCGGCGGGCCCAGUCGUGUUCCCGCAGUGGGCACCCUAGGCCUAUGUGUAUACACGCACAGAUAUUUAUUCCUUUUGCUCUUAGUGGUUGUUAUUUCUGCAGCAGCCAAGUCCUGCGGCUCCCUGGGGCUGAGAUCUCCCUCUGUGGAACUCCGAGAGCCGCCCUGACAGUCCCAGCCUCCAGCCAAGGAGCCCCAUCUGCCUGCCCACCCCGGGACCCAUGUGGCCACUCCAGGGAUCAUUGUUGUCCUUUUGUGAGGGGCUGAGGUGACUGUCCCAUGGAGGCAUCCAAGGCUUUCUGUGCCAAGAAUCCCAAGUGACUGGAGCUGGGGACCAGUUCUCCAGGCCUCUCUGCCCCACCGUGAGAGCCCCUGGCCCUGGCCCCUGCACACCAGUGGGCCCAGAAUAACCGCCACCCUUGUCAUCCUGCAACAGCUGGACUCAAGUUUCCAGGAAGUGGAGAUGCGUUUCUAGAAGUUUCCUGUGGAACCUGGAGGCUCCUGACGCCUUUGACUCCAGGCUGGGCGAUUCCGACGCUGACUCGUCCUCCUGGGAUCCCGCCCCCCCCAGCUCCCCAAGUGUCACGCAGGCACUUUGUAUGCAUCCCGGUUUUCGAAGAAGGGAACUUGCCAUCAGGAUUCCUGCACCAGGCCCACGGCCAUCUCAGGCAGAGCCACAUGGGCCCUGGGUGCAGCCGGAGACCCCGCUGAGCCCCUCCUCUCGGUAUUCCCAUCCCUGCAUGCUUCUAGGGAGCACCUCUUUUCCGUUCUUGAGGAAUUUCUGUUCUGGGGCUUGUCCUUCCUUUGCAGCUGUUUUGAAUGUAGUUUUCCUUUUCUAUUUAUUUGCACAUUAAAGUUAAUAAUUGAAUAUUGACAUCAA